ACAAGAAGAACAAACUGAAAGCACUAACAAAGGAAUAAUUACAAAUUAAUAGGUUUAGUGAAGAAACUAAAAAUACGAAGAUGACAUCUUUACUUUCACCAGCGCUGAUGUUGCUCAUUUGCUACACUGUAUUUGGUCAACAAACUCCAUUCAACCCUGGUGAUACACUGGCGAACUGUAUUUCUGUUGUUGCGGAGCCAAAGUGUGAUUUCUUCAGAUUGCUAAAAGGAUUUCGAACAGUUGAUGGUACCUGUAAUAACCUUGAGGAUGUAACACUAGGAGCUGCCAACACACCAUUAGCAAGACUAGUGGCUGCAGAUUACGUUGACGGUAUCGACACACCGCGAGGUUUUCCUCAAACGAUUCCAAUAGUACCCACUGCCAGACAAGUCUCAGAUGCAGUAUUUCGUGUCCAAAAUGUCAACAUACAAAGAGCAAGGAGAGGUUUAUCGGCAAUGUUUAUGGCAUUCGGACAGUUACUUGAUCACGAUAUCGGACUAACUACGCAUCCAUCUUGCGAUGUUUCGGCAGGAUGUGGAUCCAUUGAGGCUUUUACAUAUCCAUGUUUUCCAAUCCUGAGAUCAAAUACCGGAAAACUUUGCACAUCAUUUCCUCGUUCAUUUCCUGUCUGUCAACCCUCUGGUCAACCACAAACAACAAGACAACAAAUUAAUGUCCUUUCCUCUUACCUUGAUCUUGGACAAGUUUACAGUAACGAUUUAGACAUUCAUAACAGUUUGCGACAGUUGGAUGGAACUGGUUUAAUGAGAGUAACAUCAGACAAUUUGCUUCCAGUAAAAAUCCCAGCAACAGACCCUGAAUGUAACAACCCUGGCGGCUGUGCAUUGGUUGGUGAUGAAAGAGGAGAUGAAAAUAUUGCUUUACAUACCAUGCAUACCAUCUUUGUCAGAAAUCACAACUAUCUGGCAAAGGAAUUGAAAAAGCUUGCAAGAGUAUGGGAUGAAAAGUUACUGUUUGAAACGGCUAGAAAAAUUAAUAUCGCUAUUUGGCAACGAAUGGUUUACGAUGAGUUUCUGCCUAAUAUUGUUGAUUUGAGUCCUUAUCAAGGAUACAAUACAUCAGUUGAUCCUAGUAUAUUAAACGUCUUUUCAACUGCAGCAUUUAGAUUUGGUCACAGUUUGAUCCCGAACGCAUGGGCUCAACUUAACAAUGCCUAUGAAAAGGCAUUUGAUGACAUCUCUCUUCAAGCAUCAUUCUCUGAUACGCGAUCAAUUCGUGAACGUGGAAUAGAGCCAACAGCAUUUGGGUUACUAGCAAAUCAAUCACAAAGGGUUGAUGCAACCUUUGCUUUUGGUAUUAUUCGACGAUUAUUUGUUCCUGUUGGGGAAACUAGACGUGAAGAUCUGACUGCACUAAAUAUUCAGAGAGGAAGAGACCAUGGAUUGCCAACUUACGGAGCUUGGAGAAAUAUAUGUAAUCUGCCAGCUGUCAACACCUUUGACGAUUUGGUAGGAAUAAUGCCGAAUCGCACAAUUACAAAUCUUAAAAACGUGUACCGCAAUCCAAACGAUAUUGAUAUAUUUGCAGCUGGUAUGGCAGAGAGACGCACCAAUGGAAAAAUGCUGGGUCCAACAUUUCAGUGUAUUCAAAGAAUUCAGUUCGAACGAUUGAGAGAUGGUGAUCGAUUUUUCUACGAACGGGAAGGUGUCUUUACAACUGCUCAAAAAGCCGAAAUAAGGAAGAUGACACUAUCAAAAGUUUUGUGCAACACAUUGAAUGGAAUUGUGUCAAUUCAAGAAAACGCUCUACAAGCUGCUACAUCAACAACAAUUCGAAAAUCAUGCGAUAGCAUACCUGGGCUUGAUUUCAACAAUUGGUUAAAUUAGGCGAUCUUUUUCUGUGCUAUUUAAUAAGUUAUUUGUGAACACCAAGGUGCUGGAUUAUUAAGAAAAACUCUCUUUGUCCCA